UCGGGACCAGGCUGCCUUAGCCGGGAAUAUCUGACAGCUAGCCAGCCAGCCAGCCAGCAUGCCUGCCUGCCUAGACUGGUACAUGAGAACCCUGUAGACUGGAAUCUACCUGUGUUGUAGAUAUCAAUUCAUACCUGUACUGGGUUCCAGGGGGAGGGGUAUGCCCGCUAGUACUAGUCUACGUGUUUAUAUUGUGACAAGGUGUGACGAUUGUAUACAUACCUGACAUACACUGGAGAAGGGCAAUUGUUUGAUGGCAGCGCCACCAGUAUAUACCCAGUAACAAUAGGACAAUGUUGUAACAAUUGUUGUCAGCUGUGACAAAUGCACCAUUACUGAGAAUGGUGUGAACAGUGGAGAAAAGGUACAUUAAUUCAGACCUAAGCAAGAAGUACGGAAAAAUUGUUACCUGGUCGCUGAUUGACGUGUGCGGCCCGGGGCCUGUGGUCAGCAUGACUGUGUUAUAAUAUACUGCGUAGUGACCAGACCUCCUGACUCCUACCCUGCGUUAUUUCCACCUCAGGUAACUAGGUUAUAUGACUGGGGGCUAUAUAGGAGCCUGUAUGAAAUACCGGUCGGGUAGGAAUCUCUUACCUGGCUACAAGAAUAAUCAAGGGGUCUCCCCUUCUGACCAACCAGAACCUUGCCUUACCACCUUGAGAUAUCCUCACAGCUCGACUGACAACUGCCAUUCAGUGUGACGACAAGACACCACUGACAAUACAGGGCCACAUUCUUUCUGGAUCGCCCGAAAUCAAAACUGGUCUCUCCAGAAAGCGGCUUGGUGACAAGCUUUUUGAUAUGCUGGGUGGUGCUCCGAGGGACUGAGGAGGCUUAACCUAGCUGACGGCACAACUGGGUAGCGAAAUCUCACCUGUUAUCUUAGGAGGGACAAGAGGUGGUCUUAAGGCCAAGCCAUGACCUGAGGAUGACCACAUUUACAGACUCACAGUGAAGACAGAGAGUUUCUGAUCAAGACACCACCAAUCAUGGAGCAGGAUUUCACAUUUUACGAAAACAAAUACAGCACCAUAAGCAGCAGUAGUAGCCGCACCAGCAAGGCUGGGAGUUUCAACGCCUACAGCACCUUGCCUUCUGGUUUCUCCAGCACCGGCACUGGCACCGUCCAGUCAGGUUUCACCAACUACAGCACACUGCCUGCUGGUGCCACCUUCAACUCACAUCAGCCUAAGAAAUACAACAAUUACGACCUGAACACUCAAGGAGCAGUGGUAACUGGUUUCAACAGUUUCGGAGCCGAAAAUGCAGUUGUUUACAACAACUAUGCCCCGGUGGAUGGUGCUUCUUAUAACCACAGCGAUGCCCAGGACGUUAAGGUCUUCAGCGAGACCAUGUCACCUUUCGACCCCACCCUCAAAAUGCCUGAUCCAAUGCGAAAGUAUGAGAUUGCCAGAGCUAAGGAAACAGAUGAAAGAGAUGCGGUCCAAAAGAAAACAUUUACGAAAUGGGUGAACAAACAUCUGCUAAAGUGGUAUCCUCUCCCUGUUGACUACAUGCAGCACUGGAGGUUUAAUAAGGCUGGUCGACGGAUUCUGGACUUGUACGAUGACCUCCGUGACGGCCACAACCUCCUCUCUCUCCUGGAAGUCCUCUCCCACGAAACUUUGCCACGAGAGAGGGGCCACAUGAGAUUCCAUAAGCUACAGAAUGUACAGAUUUCACUAGAUUUCCUGAGGUAUCGAGGGAUCAAGCUUGUAAAUAUUCGUGCCGAUGAAAUUGUGGACGGUAAUCCAAAACUGACACUGGGGUUGAUAUGGACCAUAAUAUUGCAUUUCCAGGUAUCCGAUGUCGUCGUUCCAGGACAGCCAGAAGACUUAUCCGCCAGAGAGUCUUUGUUGUUGUGGAGCCGGCGCACCUGUGAAGGGUAUCCCGGAGUUAAAAUUAGUGAUUUCUCGCGGAGUUGGCGAGAUGGCCGAGCAUUCCUCUCCAUCAUUCACAGACACAGGCCAGACCUGGUGGAUUACAGACGCGUGUAUUCCCAGAAUGCUAGGCAGAACCUGGAGAUGGCCUUUACAGUGGCCGAGAAAGACUUUGGAGUCACCAGAUUAUUGGACGCAGAAGACAUCGAUGUGGCCCACCCUGAUGAGAAGUCUGUGAUUACCUACGUUUCGUCAUUGUACGAUGUCUUCCCUGAGGUGCCUACAGUGGAGCAGUCUCUUCGAGACAACGAGAGGUUACUGAAGUGGGAGCAGUACCGCGAGCUGUCCACGUCUUUGGUGCGCUGGCUCCGGGACGCCAUGGCGAUGAUGCUGGACAGAGAAUUCCCCACCACUGCCAUUGAGAUUAAGAGGGCACUAGGAGAGUUUAAUAGGUUUAAGAAAGAAGACGUGCCACCCCGGCUGACAGACAGACAAAAAUUGAUGCGCCUUUUUGAUGAUUUGUUGGCACUGCAGGCUCUGUCUGGCCCCUAUGUGAUAGAGGAUGAGCUGAUGAUUGAGAAUGUGAACCGGGUUUGGGUGCGCUUCCAGACGGCGUUACAGGAGAGGGAGAUGGCUCUGGAGAGUGAACUUAGGAGGGUAGAACGGGUGGAUACCCUCACAGAAAAACUGAUCAAGGACAUGAGGAUGUGGGAGUCCACGUUGUCAGAGUUAGAGAUGAAAAUCUCAGAGGAGGAGAGAAGACUGGACCAUGCAAACCCCUGGGAGGCCAAGCAGAACUGUGAGACAAUUGAACGCUCACUCAGGAGAUGCGAAGAAAGUGUUCGCACGAUGUUCACAGAUGUUCAUGUGAUGAGAGAACGACACCAUCCACAAGCAGAGAAUCUGAACCGAAGAGUGUUCGCCAUUCAGGACCGGCUCAGCUCUCUUCAGAGUCACCUCUAUAACAAUGUGAUACAGAAACUGACGUCCAAAUCGUAUGUGCAGGAGGGGAAGACGUACACAAAGAGAACCGAGGUGGUUACGGAGGUACGCCUGGUCGACACCCAGGAGGCCUUCAAACACCUGCAGGACUGUCUUACCUGGAUACAGAAUAAACAGACGGAGCUGGAGACGGCAGAGUACGGCAGUGACUUACCCGCAGUACAGAAAGCUCUGGAGAGGCACAGGCUUACUCACCAGGAGGUGCAGAACUUCAGGGGACGGGUCGAGAAAUGCGCCGCAGAUAAGAGAACUUUACCUCAGGAAGACCAGCAUCUGUACUCAGAAUGGCUAUCUAAAGUAGAAGUAGCUUACUCCUUGUUAACAAACACCUCAAAUCGGCGCCUCAGGAGUCUAGAAUCUCUGACAGACUUCAUCCAAGCGGCAACCACGGAACUGGUCUGGCUCAACGAGAGGGAAGAAGUGGAAGUGAAUAGAGACUGGAGUUCCAAGAACUUAAAUAUCCCAGAACUUACCGCCUUUCAUCAUUCCUUAUUACGCGAGAUGGAGGGGAGAGAAGUCCAGUUUAACUCAGUACAGGACAAAGGUGAAGUACUGAUCAUGGACAGACACCCUGCUGGUAAAACCAUCGAGGCUUACAUGGGAGCCCUGCAGUCCCAAUGGUCCUGGUUGCUCCAGCUUACCGUCUGUUUGGAAUCUCACCUCAAGUAUGCUCAGGCUUAUUACCAAUUUUUCGAGGAAGUGAACCAGGUUGAGCAUUGGUUAAACCAACAGGCAGAGUUGCUGAACACACGUUUCAGUCAGCACACGGUGAAGCCAGAAGAAGCCGAGAAACUCAUCCGUGACGUACAGGAAAUGCGUGACCGCCUAGCUCAGUACCAGAGAGUAGUGGAGAUCUUGCAGACUAAGAGUCGAGACAUCGUACCUCUCCAUCUGCGCAGCAGAAGAGUUAGUGCCCCUACCAGAGUCCGCACUCUAUGCAACUACAAACAACUUAAUUUCAACCUCCACAAAGGAGAUGACUGUACCUUGUUUGACAAUAGCCAGAUGACCAAAUGGAAGGUGAGAACACCGUCAGGUCAGGAAGGCCUUAUCCCAUCUGUUAUAUUCCUCAUUCCCCCACCUGAUAAAGAGGCUGUGGAUAGUGCCGAAAGACUACGAAGACAGCUGAGCCAGGUGAUGUCCUUGUGGGAGUCCAGGCAGAAGAAUCUAAGGCUAGAAAUGAUAACAGCCACCAUAAAACUGGUCCAAGACAUGACCAUUCAACAGUUCAUGGCAUUGGAAAAUGCUCGGCGUGAUGCCAUUUGGAGACUGCUGAAUGAAGAUGCUGACCGUUUGCUGAUGGAAAUGGACGUGAACACACAGCGCAGACUCCGUGAGGAACUGAAGAUCUGUACACAGAAGUUUGUCCAGCUAUCCUCACAGGCCCUGGAGAUAGAGGCCCAGAGGAACAAGACACCUCAGCAGCUGUUCCUGGAACAAGCAGAAAAGAUCAACCAUAAUCUGGACAAGUGUCGCAGUGAACUGACAGUCAAGCUACAGAACCCCCUGCCCAGGGACAGAGACAAGCUACAGAGAGCCGUCAUACAACACGAGGCUUUCGAGAGAAACUUGAAAUCAUAUGAUGUGGAUGUGGAGGAACUGAAGAGGACUUAUGCCACUAUUACACUGAGAGGUCCCCAGUCAGAGUCCAAGCUGAACCUGGUGGUGGACAAGUGGAACAAAAUCCUCGCAAUUUCACAUGUCUAUGUACAGAGAUUGAAGUCUGUGGAGAUCCUGCUGGUGGAUUUUGAUGGCUUGAGACAGCUGGUGGGUGACUACGAGAUCACUCUGGCCUCCCAAAACACAAUGACCUCAGACCUGGACGAACUGAGAAAUCUGAGAGAAGAACUGAAUGAGUUGCAGACAUCUCUGCAGCAGCAGCAGCCUAAGAUUGACACCAUGAAGAACAAGAUGGUGGAGCUGAAGGACCAGGUGGAGCGUAACAGGCCAGGGGUGGGGCGACACCCCGAUGUGGAGGCCAUGGAAAGAGAGGUCACAGGGCUGAACUCACGCUGGGAGAAUAUCUGUAUUCAGGUCGUUGAGAGAUUGCGCAGCAUUGAGGCCUCCAUGGAGCUUCUGUCUCUGUACCAGACUGGGCUGAAGGGAGAACAGGCCUGGGUGCAGCAGAUGCAGCAUCGAAUUGACAGUCAACCAGCCCUAACUAAUGACGUCAAUCAAGUCAAGUCACUAGUGGAACCUACUAUGGAAAUUUACAAUUCACUUGGAGAGAGGAAACACAAGAUUGAGACUGUAAACAAAUAUGGAGGCCAGUACAUCCGUGAAGCCAAGAUUUACGACCGCAAAUUGCGCCAGUACCAGCAGAGUCUAGAGGACAUUGAUGCAGGUCUGGUUCAGAGCCUGUGUAACAGAACUCGUCUGGGAGGUGGAGCUGAACGUGUCAAAACUGAGCUAGAUCACCUUAACAAACACUUCAUGGACAUGGUGGCCUGGACAAAUGCUCGACUCAAAGACAUCACUUCCAUUCUAUCAGAGGCCAAUAUAGAUAUCAAAUUCCAAAUGGUGAUAGAUGAACAGAUACCCUUACUUCGUACAUUCCGAGCAGAACUAGCAAAACGUUCCUCCAUGCUGGCUGAUGAAGAUAUGCAGGAAUUCUUCCAGCAUAUGUCUGACUUUGAGGCCUUUGGCACUCUCCAGGCACCUCACGUGGGUGGUCGACCCAAGCCUUAUAUCAGUGAGGCACGCAUCACAACAAUACAACAUGAUCCACAGCAAGUUAGUCGCACUGUCAAAGUGACCAAGCGAGAACAGGAGAGCAGGCCGACAGAGUUGCCUCCUUCUAAGAAACCUGCCAGUCUGACCAGCAUCACAGUGCAGAGUAAGCAGAAGAGCUCAGUCAAGCGAGUGCAGACUUUGGUGAGGGCAAAGCAGAACACUGUUUACCCCAAGGGUCAGAUUCUGCAUGUCUCUACCAUCCUAAACACAAGAUCUGGGACCAAGCUGACCUUAAGAGAGGCCGUAGAACAAGAAGUUUUUGACCUGAAGUCAGGCCAGUUUGUCGACUUAAAAUCCAGGACGAAAAUGAGCAUUUUAGAAGCUUCAAGAAAAGGCUAUGUGAGCCCUUCGUUGGUCGAACAACUUACUAGACCAUCAGGAAUCAGGGAUCCGAAGACAAUGAGAGACUGCAGUCUUCUUGAGGCUAUGCAGAAGAAUCUAUACAAUCCAAUAGACAAUGUUGUGAAGGAGCCUACAACUGGUCAGUUUGUUAACAUAGACGAAGCCAUGACUCGUAAACUGAUCUCCAAACACUUGGGUGCCAAUUUGUUGGAGAAGGAGGUGACCAUUUCCACGGUGACCCAGUCUCAGGCUGUGUUUGGUGAUGUGGAUUUCUCUGCUGCCGAAACUGCUCUGUGUUUGUCUGAUGCAGUGAAGAAAGGUCUCUAUCACAGUGCAACUGGAAGUAUUGUAGACCCAGUAUCUCAUGAUUCCAUGUCUCUGUUGGAGGCCAUUGAGAAGGGUUACAUAAAAACAACUCUUAAAGAGGUGGUGGACCCAACGUCCAAAAGGAAGGUAACAGUGACGGAAGCAGUCAGCAAAGGACUAUUGGACCUUCAAACAGGUACUUUCAUGAACAAGAGUACUGGGAGAAAAAUGUUGCUUCACAAAGCUUUGGAAGAUGGUCAUUUAGUGCGACCCCUGACACUAACUGAGAUACUGGAUUCGGGUGCAAUGAACGAUAGCGGCACCAUUUUAGACGUAACUUCAGGAAGAAGUAUGAGCUUGCUUGAAGCCAUUCGUGAAGGUAUUUUGGACACAGAAACAAAAUGCAUCAUAGACCAAGACUCAAAUGACCUGAUAUCGCUUGAUCAUGCACGAAAGACAGGACUGAUUGAUGCCACUGGGCAGUUUGUGACUAAAAGUGGUAGGUCCAUGUCAAUUUUGAAUGCUCUGGAAGGUGGUGACCUUAAACUGGUUAGAGAGGAUGUUGUUUUUGCCAGACGUGGCAUCAAGGACACAAAGACAGGUGAUCAGAUCAGUGUAAUGGAAGCGAUUAACAAAGGAAUCAUUCUAGAGUCAGGCCAAUAUAUUGACAAAAGAACUGGUAGAAAACUGUCUUUAAGAGAGGCAUCUAAGUAUGGAUACAUAGAGAGUGACCUGGUUGAUUUGCUGCUAAGGGAUACUUCAGGAUUGCAAGAUUCUGCUGGGAGAAAGCGAUCCUUGCUGAGUGCCAUCUUACUAAAACAGAUCGAUGCAGAGAAAGGGGAAAUAACUGAUGGGAAAUCUGGGAGAAAAAUGACCAUACAGCAAGCAGCUGCUGAAAGUAUCAUUCCAGCGGAGGAAGCUCAUUCCAUCCUCAGCAUCAUCAGUGCUGUAGUCACCUCCACCACUGUUACAACAAGAGUGGAAAGUUCAAUCUUAACCUCUUCUGUAACAGCAAUCACUGUGUCAGAUGCCAUCAGCAGGGGUUAUCUCAUAGAGAGCACUGGCAUAUUCACCAACCCUAACUCAGGAGAGACCAUGACAGUUGAUGAAGCCAUUAGAAGGGGAUUCCUAAGACUGACAUCAGAAUGGCCUGCACAAUCUUUGGACACACCAGAUUCACCAGGACUUCAAGCAGCUGCAGAACUCUGGAUGAAAGGUGUUACAGAGAAACAUCAGAGAAAGACUUCAACAGGGGCAACAGUUGAAUCCAGCUAUCUUACCAAGUCCGGUGGAAAUAGUUUUACCUUGACACAGACGACCCUCUCCCAGCCGGGUGUUCAGACUGUGAUAUCUGAACAGAGACACAUGACAAUUAAAUCUGUCAAAGAUCCAAGAACUUUGAAAUCGAUUCCCGUCAGUGAAGCUGUAGAGAAAGCUUAUUUAGACUUGGGCAAAGGAAUAUUCCACAGCCCCGUGAGUGGUGAAAGUAUGUCCAUAAAUUCAGCCAUUGAAAAGGGUUGGAUUAUUGCAGAGCAUUCCAGGAACGCAGAUGUAAAGAGUGGAACAUCUCCGAUUAAAGAAACUAGAGCCUUCACCAUUGUUGCAGCCAUUCAUCCAAGAACUAAGCAAAGGGUUGGUGUUAGUGAUGCUGUGAGGCAAGGCAUUAUAGAUCAAGUCAAUGGACAGUAUGUUGGGUUGGACAGGCGCAUUCCUAUUAGUGAAGCGAUAAAGCAAGGUUUGGUGAUUGCAGAAGAUGUCACCACUGCUCAAGGUGAUGCAGGCUUUGGAGACAGUAAUGUGAGAGAAACCAGAACGUAUAACCUGAAAACAGUGCUUCAUCCUGUAACAGGCAUGAGAAUGAACGUUCCUGAUGCCAUUUCUGCAGGCAUCCUUGACGAGAGUAAGGGCUUAUACAUAAAUCCUGUCACUGGAGACACCAUGUUGAUCACAGAUGCUAUUGACCAAGGCCUGAUUGAUGGAGAAUUGUUAUCUGUGACGCAGUCUGCUGAUGACAGCAGCAGAGUCAUCACCACCAAGAACAUUACUCUGUCAGUCACCUCGGUUAUAGACCCUAGAACUGGAAAGACUAUAAGUGUAACUGAAGCCAUGGAGGCUGGUAUAAUUGACCAACUGCGAGGACUGUACACAAACAUUGUUACUGGACAAACUAUGUCCAUCAAUGAGGCCAUAGAACGUCGACUGGUCUUCACAGAAACUACAGAAGAUGGAGAUGGUGAUAGAUCCUCAGUGUCAAGCAUUCACAUCACAGAUGAAAUGGAGCAGACUGAGGCCACUCUUGUGGAAGAGGUGAUGUCUGAAACCAUGACCUUCAGUGUAAACAGUGUCAUUGACCCAGCAACAAUGCAACUGGUCUCCUAUGAUGAAGCCGUUGAGAGACGAAUUCUUGACCUCAAGAAAGGACUAUACAUCAACCAAAUGACAGGUGAAAGCAUGCCCAUAAACAUUGCUUUGAACAAGGGCUUAAUUCAUGGUGAAAUGACAUCCAAAACUAGGGAGGAAGAAAUCAUGAGAAGUGAAUUUGUUGCUGGAUCCCCUGCAGCUAUUCUUCAGAAUGUGACCUCUGUUAAGGACACGCUUACUGGCAAGGAGAUGUCUGUUCAGGAAGCUAUAAAAGAAGGCAUUAUUGACAUGGACAAAGGCAAAUACUAUGACAAAAGAGCAAGAGUCUCUGUUACAUUUGAUGAUGCAAUUGAUCGCAAUUAUUUUACCUUGUCUAAAAUGACAGAUGAAGCCACAAUAGCAGAGCAGGCAUUGAGAGCCCAGCAGCCAAUUGUUAAAAAGACCAUUGACUCUGUUGUUUCUUCUUCAGUUGAUAUGAGGGCAGAAAAGCCCACAGAAGGCAGACCAAGCCCAGCUCGUUCUAUUAGCUUUCAAUCCCCAGCUGUUGAAACUCUGAACUACAACACCAGUGUUGAAUCUUCCACCCAGCAAACUCAGGAAAUGAGUAACUUAACCAGACCCAUUCCACAACAGGCUGCCCUUCGCCAAAUUACAAUGGAGUCAACUCGAAACUUUGCAACGGUACCAGGAUCUUCUGAUGUAUUUACCUCAGUAACUGAUGAUGAACCCAAUCAGAUCACAGCGAAUGAAGUCUUCACUCGUCAAGCACCACCAAUGUCCUUUGAGUCAGCUGUGAGACUUGGUCUGUUUGAUCUCAAAUCUGGAACAUUCAGACACCCUGUUACACGAGAAGUUAUCACUCUCAGCGCUGCUAUUGCUCAGGGUUUAAUUGAUCCAAAUUUACCUGCUUUACGCAACAUGACUAAUGGCAGAUCUUUAAAUCUCACCCAAGCGGUGUCAAAUGGCAUGAUAAACCUGAACACCGGCAUCGUUGAUACUGAUACAAUUCAAGCUAGGGGAAUUCACCUUGAACCAGUUUUUCGUACAGAGGGCACUGUUCAUUCGACCAAUCUUCAGGAUGCUUUGGAGUCGGGCCUCGUUGACCCCAGCACAGGACUAUUCACAGAUCCUCAGUCAGGCAGUACAGUGACAAUAUCUGAGGCAAUUAACCAAGGUCUCAUAUGUGGCAAAUCCACUACCAUCGAAGACAGAAGAUCUGGGAGUAAAUACACACUUGGAGCUGCUGUUAAACUUGGUGUCAUUGAUGGUGUGGCUGGUUGUAUUGUUGAUUCACAAUCUGGCAAGAAGCAAUCCCUCCAAGACUGUCUGGACUGUGGUAUUAUAACAUCCACAUAUGAUGCUGCAUCUGGAAGACUCUUUGAUCCCUCUACAAAAGAGGACAUUCCUUUAGAGAGAGCCAUUAGAGAAGGCCGAAUUGCGAGUGAUGAUGCCAAAAUUUGGGACACACAGGCUGAUGAAAUGAUUUCCCUUGAUACUGCUGUGAGACGAGGUAUUGUUAACAGAACCACUGGUGAAGUGACGGACAAAAAGGCUGGACGUAAACUAUUGGCUAAAGAUGCAGCAAAAGUGGGAUUACUGGCAAUUGUUGGAGCCCCUGUUAUGGCAGGCAAGGCCAUUUAUGACAGCAUUACCGGAAGCAGAUUGAAGGAAGAAGUGAACUGGGCUACUGUGAAACAAGAAAGUGAAGUUAUCCGGGCACCAACACAACCAUCAUCAUCAAGAGAAUCUGUCAUAACUUCUCAGACGAGAGAGACACGGGUAAAUGGCUUCAGUGGGCCAGGUGAUGAGGUGGUCUUCAGUGGCCCAGGUGAUGAAAAGCCACCAUCGAAGCCCCUGACAACAAUUAUCUAUGCUAAACCAGGAGAUGACAUUAGAGUUUCACAGCCUUCAAGUGUUCUUGUUGCAGAAGAGGAAACUGUCAUAACCAAGCCAGAGCCACGCAUUAGCGUAGAAACAAUAAGGGUAAGUGGAGAUAGAUUUCCUGGUGAUGGCCACCCAAGGGAAGCACUGCACUCUUUUCUCUCACAGACCACCACUCACCGCACAGAUCCCUUGCACCAUCUCUCUACCCCUAGAAAACCCCAGGUGUCGGAAGUUGUAAAGAAUGUUGUCAUUGACUUUUCCACUGGUUAUGUUACUGAUCUGAAAACCGGACAGCAGAUGACUGUUGUUGAUGCUGUAAGGCGUGGUUUGAUUGAUUUGCAGACGGCUGAGCUCAUUUCGCAUCGCCUAGAUGCAGAUGCAGGGAAACCAAUCACUUUAUCUUCUUUAAACAAGAACAUCAGUAUUGACUGGAAGAAAGGAGAAGUAGUUGAUCUUGACUCAGGAACCAGAAUGACAGUUGUGCAAGCAGUACAAAAGGGCAUAUUGGAUUCCGAGACUGUAGAAAAGUUGGCGAGGCAGUACCGACCAGAUUCUGCCCCUUCUGAGGUCACUUUGAACUGGACAACUGGAGAUAUAUUAGACACCAAAACAGGGAAAAAGCUAACCGCAACAGAGGCAUUUUACCGAGGCAUGGUGGAUUUAAAAGUUGCUCAGACAUUUGCAGCUAUACGGGGUGAAACUCUGGCAGAUGACAUCAUAAAGAAGACACUUGAGAGCAAAACAGAUUUUACAGUGGUGAAGAAGGAAACGACUACACCUGGUUACACCGUCCGACGAACAGAUGGACUUGAUGAUGUCACAAGAUCUGGUACUGGUUCUUACUUGGCGGAGACAGUCACAACUACACACACAACAAAGAGCGGACCACAGAGAACGCCUACUCUGAACUCUGCCAUUGUUGAGGGUGUUAUCACCCUGCAGAACGGUCGUCUAACCCACACACCAACAGGAAGCGUCAUCUCUCUGAGGGAAGCGAUCAGCAGAGGAAUCAUUGAACCUGAUCGGUCCAGAAUCAUUGACCCCAAAACAGGUAGACUGAUGUCAAUAACUAAAGCCAUGGACAAGAAAAUCUUAGAUCCAAUAUCAGGUGAGCUUGUUCAUCUGGGAACUGGCGAAAAAAUUCCUCUUAGUGAAGCACUGAUAGAAGGCUUGAUUCCUAAUGUGUUCUCUGAUGAAGAAGAUAUCUUGCAGAGUGAUUUAGUGAGAGAACAUGAAGUAAGACAGAGAAUGGAUCGGUUGAGGAGAAGACUGUCACCAGAAUUCAAGAGGAAAAAUAUCUCUGCACGAUCACCAGAAGAGUUUGAAAGAAAUGUGAGAGAACUGUCCUACAAAGAGGCCCUAGAUAGAGAUCUGAUCAAUGAAUCCAGCUCAACGUUCAUUCAUCCCGUAACUAAUGAGGUCAUGUCUGUACGAGCAGCUGUUAAAUUUGGUCACAUAACUCAAACAGAUGUACCAGUGUCUGCUAUUUCUGUGCGUACAUCAAGGGAGAAUUUAUUUGACCAUGCAUCAACAGAUCUAAGCCCGAGAAGUUCAGCAGACCGAUCUGUGUCUGACAGAUCACCAUUGUCGUCAUCCACACCGUACAGUGACUCCAAGUAUGUCUCUCAACAAACCACCGAAAUCAUUACUGAAUCUCAGCAGUCCACAGUGCAGCGGCGACGAGGAGUAAAGGGAGACACUAGUGCAAAGAGGCUCUCCUUCAGAGAAGCAAUAGAUCAAGGUCUUCUAGAUCUCAAGGUCAAUCAGUACACCGAUCCCACAAGUGGCUCCAGGGUGGCAAUUUUAGAUGCCAUCAGAGAUCAACUUCUUGAUCCCACAGCAGAGUAUGCCCCACAAGAAGGUAAAAAACUAACCCUGCUAGCAGCCAUUGAUGCAGGUAUAUUUGAUGAGGAAACUGGUCAGUUUACAGACCCCUCAACAGGGAGGAGAAUGUCAUUACCUGAGGCUAUUCGUGAGGGGUUUAUAGAUGGAGCGACUUCAAUGUAUGAUGUGACAGCCAGCCGGAUGUUCACUCUUCAGCAAGGUAUCCAAGAAAGAAAAAUAGACCCUUCCAGCGGGAGGAUUUUUGACCCUAACACAAACCGCUCACUUAAAUUGAAAGAUGCAGCAAAGAUGGGACUUUUGGCUGUUGUGGGAGCACCUGUAUUUGCAGGAAUGGCUCUAAAGGAAAAACUUCAAAAGGCAAUGUCUGUGAGGGCGACAAAUGUAAAGCUUGUUGAACCAGACAUCUUGGAGAUCACUGAAACAGAAGAGAUGGCUUCUGAAGGCACGCCUAUACAGAAAGUGAUGACAGUCAGCGAGGCAAUAUCAAGCGGCUACCUCAAUGCCUCCACUGGAAUAUUUACUGAUCCCACAACAGGCCGGACACACUCACUGAAAAAUGCUUUUCAAGAAGGACUCUUACACCCACAGUCUAUGAAGGUAACAGAUCCACAUUCAGGUCAAGUUUACAGCAUCGGGGAAGCUGUUGGCAUAGGUGUUCUUGACAGUACAGGACAUCUAACCGAUCUCAGAACAGCUGUACCUUUAAAAUUUGAACAGUUAAUUAGUGAUGGCAUUGUUACCGAAGCUGGUCUCGACAAAGGUUCAAACGAAAAGGUUGUGAAGAAAACAGUACAAAAAAUAACAGUUGAUGCUGUUACAGAACCUAACACUAACCGACGUCUAGAUUUGGACAGUGCCAUUAGAAAAGGAGUUGUAAACAUUUCUGAUGGAACAUAUUGUGACCCCAAAACAGGAGAGACGGUCUCAGUUAUUGAAGCCUAUACUCUCGGACUGAUCGAAGGGAAAGUGGUGGACAGUUUUGCAUCAAAGCACAUUGAAACUGUCAAAGGACUUAAAGCUGAAUUGACUGUGGCUGACAAAAGGAGCAUCAAGGUAUUACAUGUUGUUGAUCCAGUAAGUGGUGCUAGGCUGUCUCUAGAAGAAGCUGUCCGUCAAGGAAUUAUACUUGAAGAUCGAGAUCUGUUUGUGAAUCCACAAACGGGGGAGUUCAUGCCAAUUCAACGAGCCAUAGAAAGAGGCUGGGUAGUUGCUGUUGAGGUUGAUAAUCAGCAGCAAUCAAACCAGUCAUACCACAAAGCCAGCGAAGACCUAGUAAGCCACACCAGAACACUUAGUAUCCAGUUUGUAAAAGACCCAAGCACUGGAAAAGACAUCCCUUUGUUUGAGGCAGCAGAACGGGGCAUUUUAGACAUUCAGCGAGGCAUUGUCAGAAACUUGCGCACAGGUGAAGAAAUUCCGUUGAGUGAAGCUGUCAAAGGAGGACUUGUUCAUGGCACAUCUGCAAAGCCAAUUGAACCGGUGAGAAUUGUCCAUGCAAGGCAGAAACAAGCUUUCAUUCUGCAGUCUGCCUAUGAUCCAUCUACCAGAGAGUUUAUCCACAUAGAUGAAGCCAUGGCACGAGGGAUUAUUGAUGAAGCAUCUGGGCGUUACACCAUGCGUGAUGGAAAUACCAUUAGCAUAAGCCAGGCAUUAAAAGAUGGACUUGUAAAAGCAGUUCAAGGCAGUGUUGAUGAGGCUGAGCAUGAAACCACAGUUAUUCAUGAAAAGAAAACCUUCUGCAUCGAAUCUGUGCAAGAUCCUGUGACAGGAAAUAAAUUGCCGGUAUCGGAGGCCAUUGACAUGGGAUUACUAAACCUACAGGAGGGCAUUUACAUAGACAAGUCAUCAGACAGACCAAUACCAAUCCCUGAUGCAAUAGAACAAGGCUUCAUUACAGCUGACAAACCACAGUCGGACAUUAGAUUGAGGGUGGGUGGAAGCAGCAGUUCAUUGGACCAAGGUUCUCGAACAUUUAACAUAAAGUUCGUGAAAGACCCAAGAACUGGAGAAUUGGUGUCCGUUUCAUCUGCUAUCCAGAGAAACCUCUUGGAUCAGGGACUAUGCAGUUUCACUCAUCCACUUUCCAGAGAAGUCUUGACAAUCCCUCAGGCUGUCCAACAGGGAUUUGUUAUUGUUGAACAAACUCGAAUGGCUGGUCCAGUUGUCACUGAAGUUAUGCAUGAAACAAUGUCUAUCAAGUCCAUCAUUGACAAUAGGAGUGGAGAAGAGAUGUCUAUAGGAGAAGCUGCAAGACGUGGACUGUUUGACGUGACAUCUGGGAAAGUUAUUGAUCCCAGAACAGGCAACAAAUUGGCCCUUCAAGAAGCUGUCGACCAAGGCCUUGCUACGGCGAAAGUAGCUCCAACAACACUAAGUGCUUUUGACUCUACUGUGGUUAUUGACGGCAUAAAAGUGGAAGGUGUACGGGAUCCAAUGACCGGCAGAGAACUCCCUGUACAGGAGGCAGUAAGGAAAGGCAUAUUAGAUGUUAAUACUGGGAUGUACAGUGAUGCUCACAGUGGCAUGUCAUUCAGUCUAACUGAUGCCUUGAAGCAAAACCUCAUCAUUGGAUUUAGGGCAGCAGCAGAGGAUACAUCCGUUGUUAAAUCAAAAGAUGUCAGUGUACGGACUGUCCUAGACACAAAAUCCAAUGUGGAACUUGGCCUGCAUGAAGCCAUCUCACGUGGAAUUCUGUCAAGUGACAAGAAAACAUUUCUGGAUACUGCCACAGGAAGACAAAUGCCAACAGAAGAGGCAAUGAAGGAAGGCCUUGUGGCUGGGUCUGUUGAAACCGUUACCAAAACUCAAACAAAGCGACAUGUUCAGACACCUGGUGGAACAGUGACAAUUUCCAAUGUUGUGGACACAAAACAAGGGACACUGAUUGGGGUAGAUGAUGCCAUGAGGAUGGGCAUCAUUGAUGCAGCAGGCCAAUUCCAUGACACCAGAACAGGAAAAGCAAUGGACCUUGCCGAGGCUGUGAGAAGACAGCUUGUUGUGACAGAUAACAAACCAACCAGACCGUCCGAUGAUAUGCUGUCUUCUCUGCCACUAGGUUUCCUGCAGGCUCUCCAACAAGGUCACAUCGACCCUUCCUCAGGAAUUUUCUCUCAUCCUCACAUGCCAGGGAGUAAGACAGUUGACCAAAUGAUAAUAGAUGGCAUUCUGACAGGUGAUGAUGGCCAGCCAUUUUCAUCAUCUCCACAUCUCAGACCAAAUAACAGAAGUAUGAGCUUUGCAGAUGCCUUCACAAGCGGUAUGAUUAAUCCAAGAACUGGCAAAUUUUGGGACUCCAUGUCAGGAAGCUGGCUGACAGUUAGUCAGGCUAUGCACGAAGGGAGCUUAUCACCAUUUGCAUAUCCAAGGGAACGCAUACCUGAGUCUGUAAUUAUGGUGAAGGGAGAGGCCCAAUCUCCAGUCACUAUGAAUGGAGAAGGUGUAUCAUUCCAAGAGGCCUUGAAAAGGGAUUUGAUUGACCUGGCGACCAAAGAAUUCAAGGACACUAAAAAUGGACAAAACAUUCCUUUUGAUGAAGCUGUUAGUAAAGGGCUAUUGAUAGAAACACCACCAACUGAAUCUGUGUCAUUGGCAGAGGCAGCUGUGAAAGAAAUGUUCGAUUCCAGUGGACAGUUUGUACACCCACAGUCUGGGACAACCAUGUCAGUGGAUGAAGCUGUUAUUUGCGGCUUCAUUACUGUGACGCCUGAGAAAAAAGACUCGAAACAACAUGAGACAAAACCAGAUGCUCUAUCAUUCCAGGAGGCCAUUCGAAAAGGACACCUUGAUCUUGGUUCUGGACAGUUCAUAAUGCCAGGUGAGGAGUCAUCACCAUUAUCUGUGGAAGAAGCUGUUAGCCAGGGUCUACUUCAACCCAAACUCACUGAAACUGAGACAGAGGAACCUAUUACCUCGUCAAAAGACAAGAAGAAAAAGACUGAUCAUAUUGUUACGGUUCAGGAAGGCUCUCCACUGAAGCCAAAAGAUGACAUGGUGGUGAAGAAUGGUCAAGUGGUUUCUAAAACUUCCACAGAGGUACGUGUAACUGCAAGCUCUGCCACUUAUGUAACUAAGCCAGGUUUUACUAUUGAUUCCACUGGCAAAGUUGUUAACUCAGCAACAGGUCAGCAAAUGUCUGUCGAGGAAGCACUUGCUAAAGGUGUCCUGGAGACGGAAGCUGAAGAUGUUAGUGGCACUGUGCAGGUAGUUGGGAAGGCUAUCCCACCUGAACUGGAUGAGCAGGACAUUACCUUUAAGGGUCCCACUUGUGAACAUUCAGAAUCAGAUAUAAGUGAAAACAGGGACUCAGACAAACAGACAAUAGCGAUUACGCAAAAUCCAGGCAGUUCCUGCCCAGAUGUUGCAAAACAGGCUGGAAUGUCCCUGCAAGCUGCUAUCAACAGUGGAUAUUAUGAUUCGCAGGAAAAACAGUUCAUUGACCCUCUCACUAAAAACAAGUUCUCACUAGGAGCAGCAAUUAGACAUGGAGUUAUUGUGCCAUCUCUGACAGAUGUUCAUCUCUCAGACUGCGAGGUUAUGAACUUAACAGAGGCUAUUGAUAAAGGCAUUGUGGAUACAAAGACAUGUACCAUUACAUGUUCUGGAAGUAUAGGCAAUAUAUCUUUGGAGGAAGCUUUAGGAAAGAAACUCCUUUCUGGGUCAGUUGUUCCAAGGACUUUGGCUGAUCUUGCUAAGAGUGGAUGUAUUUUAUCAAAAGAGAAUUUAAUCAUAAACCAGAAGACAGGUGCAAAGCUAAGUUUAGAGAAAGCGCUGAAAGCAAAAGUUUUAGACCCAAAGAGCUUAAAGAUAACUGACUCUCUGGCUCGCAAGGUGGUAGGAUUUUCAAAUGCUGUGGUAGAAGGCAUUGUAGAUGUUUCUACUGGAGAAGUAAGGGAUACAGCCAGUGGUGAAAUGUAUGGUUUAGCUGAUGCUAUGAAGAAAGGGCUUGUUGUCACCGUUCCAGUGCACAGCCAGAUGUCGACUUUUAUGGAAAAGUUGAUAAUUGGGUUUUGGGAACCCUCGUCAAGCACAAUCAGCCAUCCAAAUUCCGGCCUCAGUUUAACCCUGGCACAGGCUGUGGAUACAGGGCUGAUAUGUCCAGAGUUUCUGCUGUUCAAAACAGACAAAGGAUAUGAGUCGCUAUAUGAGGCAUGUAAAUCAAAACGAGUAAGCAUGAAAACAGGCAACGUUGAGGAUUUCGUAGGAAAUAAGAUCGUUUCUCUGAAGGAAGCAGUACUGACUGGAUUAGUGAAAGUGGAAUGCACUUGCAAAGAAAAUGAAAAAGACUCAGGCUUGGUGAAAAUUAACCAGCAGAUUGGUGAUGGGCUGACUAAACUGAUAGCUCUUAAAGAAGUGACUUUGAACACCAGAAUUUUAGAUCGCAAGGCCAACAAACACUUUUCUGUGCAGGCAUCUUUAAAACAAGGUAUUUUUGAUUGUAAGCAGGGGAUUGUAAAGGACACUGUGUCAGGGAAAUGGAUCUCUUGGGUUGAAGCUAAGCAGUGUGGAUUUGUCACAGAACUUUCAAGCACCACUGUGUCAUUAAAGUUUGCUGUUGAGUCAGGAAUGUUUGACCAGAAAUGCAAAGCUUUCCAAGAUACAGACACUGGUAAACUGUUGUCUCUUGAAGACAUGGUGAAUAAAGGUUACCUGAGUUUGCGGAAUAGUGUUAUCCUGGACACGAAAAAAAAGGAAUACCUCUCUGUGAAAGAGGCUAUUCAAAAAGGUGUGAUUGAUCCAAACACCUGUGAGGUGCUGAAUACUAAGUCACUUCAAAAACUACCUUUGAAUGAAGCUGUGAAGAAAUCACUUAUUCUUGACACAACCUCGAAAACAUUGAGAAAGGUUAAUGAGGACAAACUGAACAGUGUCAAUGGAGAUAAACCAGGCAGUUCUGAAGCAGAAACUCAAAAUCCAUUCCCCCUCUCCCUUUAUCAAGCCGUUAAUGAAGGAUAUGUUCAGUUGAGGACUGGACAUAUUAUUCUGGAUCGUGACAAGGAAUUGACUUUACAGGCAGCACUUGAUGAAGGCCUAAUUACAGAUAAAAGUAGUUUAAUCAGGGAUACAAAGACCGAAAAUGUACAUACUCUGCCAGAUUCUAUUGCACUUGGAAUUUUGGAUGCAGAAAUGGGAACGGUUUUGGAUACAGCAUCCGGCACUGUUUUAACAUUGAGUGGGGGUGUAAAGAAAGGCAUUAUUUUAAACCCGGCAAAACCAAAGCUAUCAAUUUUAGCCACACAAAAUCUUAAUUUGUUAACAGAAGACGGCAAGAUGAAAUUGCCUUUGUCGGGCAAUGCUGUGUCCCUGUCAGAUGCAGUUAAAGCUAACGUGCUGGAUGAACAGUCAAAAAUAAUCAGUCCCAAAGAUGGUCUUCCUAUUUCUCUUUUGGCUGCAUUUCAGCAGAAAUUAUUAGAUCCAGUUACAGGUGCGCUACAUACAUCUGAUGACAGAGGCCUUAACAUUCAAAAUUGUAGUGUUCCAUCAGGUGAUGCAAUUUCCCUGAAAGAGGCAGUAAGUAAGAACCUUUUAAAUCCAGUUACGGGGAAAUUUUUUGAUGAUCUAUCAAAGAAAGAGCUUAAUCUCCAGCAAGCACUCACACGUGGCUUAAUUGACCCUGAAUCUCUGGUACUUAACCCAGCAACUGGGGACAAGGUCACCAUUUCAAAGGCUUUAUCAUGGGGUAUGGUCAACCCUGAAUCUGGAGACGUCAUUAAUGUGUGGCGCUCCAAGAAAAUAAGAAACCUGCGUGAUAUUAUACCAGACAUCGACAUUCCCGUCCCUGUACCUUUGGAUGAGGCAUUAACUAAAGGGUUGUAUAACCCUGUGAAAAAUGUUGCCAUUCAUCCACAAACAGGAGAGGAAAUUUCACUGGACAAAGCAGUAGAGAAAGGAAUCAUUGAAUCGGCUUCACUGGUAAAGGACCCAUUAUCUGGUGAGCUUAUGACCUUAAAAGAAGCUUCAGGCUCAGGUGUUUUAAACCUUAAACAGGGGAAAAUGAAAGAUAUGUCUGGUAAUCAAUUGUCUCUCAGUUUUGCAUUACAAAAAGGGCUAAUUGUGAAGACAAAAGCCCCUUUAAAACUCUCUCUGGCAGAGAUUAUGGAUGAAGGACUUUAUGACGAGAAUUCUAGCUUGUUCAUAGACCCAGAAUCCAAGAAGGAAUUAUGUUUGGGUGAAGCCAUCAAAACAGGACUGUUGGAUGUAGGAGCUAUCAAAGUCAGAGAUGCGGAAACAAAAUCUGUAUUUGACUUUGAAAGUGCUGUUGACCAUGGGUUGAUCAGUUCCCAAGAUGGUUCAUGCCUUUUGUCUCCUGAAAAAUCUAUAAGUUUCAUGGAUGCUCUGGACACGGGCAUUGUGAUUGACACCAAAUCUCAGCCUGGCUUAAGUCUGCAUGAAGCCAUUGAAGAGGGGCUGUUUGAUAGAGAAACUUGCCAAAUCAGGGACCCAUCAUUUGACAUCACAAUGUCUUUACAGUGUGCCAUAGAUUCUGGUUUCAUUGACAGGGACACUGUUCAUGUUCGUGACCCUUUAAGCUGUACGACAAUGACAGUGGAUGGAGCUGUCCAGUUGGGCAUUGUUGAUAACAUUAAAGGAACGUACAAAAACCCUAAGACAGGUCAAGUAUUGACUGUCGCUGAGGCUGUUGAAAAAGGUCUUAUUAUUUCACAACACAGUGGCACACUUUAUGAUCUUGUUGAGUGUAUACAACAGGGUAUUGUACACCCAAAGACAGGCAAUUUUGUUAAUCCCAAAACAGGAGCCUCUGUCUCUUUAGGCCAGGCUAUACAGGACAAACUGGUCAAUGCUGAUAGUGCCAAAAUCCUGGACACUGCUUCAGGUGAACUCAUGACACUACACAAGGCCCUUGAACAUGAUCUGGUAUACCCAGAGACUGGGUUGGUAAUGGAUUCAGAGCAUGAAGAACUGUUGCCUCUGCAAAAGGCUUUAGACUGUGGUAUUUUGAGGCAGUGUACAACAUGCCCUGCUAUGACAUUACCAAUGGCAGCUUCAGAAGGUUUGCUUGAUUCAGAAACUGGACUUAUGUUUGAUCAAGUGUCGAAAAGAAAUCUGUUCCUACAAGAAGCUUUGGAUGCAGGAGCUAUUGACACUGAACAUACCCUUGUCAAAGAUCCUCUUUCAGGGUCAAUUUACACUCUGGAAACAGCUAUAGAAUGUGGUAUAUAUAAUGUGCAGGAAAAUACAUUGAAACUUUCGGGUGACUCCACUUUGACCUUGAAGGAGGCACUGGAUAAGGAUGUACUGAUUCAUUUCCCAGAAAAGGGUUUUACUCUUGCCAAUGCUAUCAGACUUGGGGUUGUAAACACUAAGCUUGCUACUGUCAAAGAUCCUUACAGCGGUAGACCUCUAAGCAUCACCGAAGCAACAGCUGUGGGUGUCAUCGACCCAGAUCGGUCCAAAAUCAUAGAUCCAGACACUAAAACACCAAUUUCUCUGAAAGAAGCUAUAGCUCAUGGAUUGUUCGAAGACAGUGACAAUGAACAAGAUAGUUCGACUGGCUCACGUCGAAAAUCUUUUGGUGAAUCAGAUAGUUCACAGUUUGAAAACAUUCUUGUUAAAGACCCUUAUUCUGAUAACUUCAUCAGUCUGGGAAAUGCUGUUCAAACAGGUAAAUUUGACAUGAAAUCAGAAUGUGUAGUAGACCCUGCUACCAAAAACCUGGUAACAUUUAAAGAAGCUGUGCAAAAGGGACUGAUAAUUGAUGCACAAUGCCCAGAUUUAGGAUUGAAAGCUUCUGUGGAACAUGGUCUUUAUGAUGUUUCAAAACGAAGAUUUGUCCACCCAAAGUCUGGACAGAGACUCACUCUACAGGAGUCAGUAGACUCAGGACUUGUGGACUCUGCUAAAACAAGAGUCAAACACUUCAGAGAUGGCAGGUUCAUUUCUCUAGACAAAGGUAUGGAAGAUGGUAUAGUCAGCAUUGGGACUGGAUCAUUGAAAACACAGGAUCUGAUAUCAAGCAUUCCUCUUGUAAAGGCUGUAAGAGAGGGUUUUGUUAUAGAUGUAGAACAUUCCAAGUUAUCCAUUCCAGAAGCUUUCUCGUACGGAUUAAUAGACAUGGAGGGACCAAGGAUAGAGGAUCCUUUUAUGGGUGAAAAAGUUAAUUUGAAGAAGGCCAUUGAUGGAGGACUUCUCAUGUCAAGUUUAACUUUAGUGAAGGACCCAAGCAAAAUGACCAUUCAGUCUUUGUUUCGUGCAGUUGAAAGUGGCUUGUUAGAUAUAACCAAUGGAACAGUGUUCAGCAGUUCAGACAAUAUGAAGAUUGGAUUCUUGGAAGCAAUUGAAAGUGGUCUGUUUGUGGAUUCUCGAGACCUUCGUUUAAGUCUUCAAGAAACUGUACAGCUUGGGUUGUUUGACAGAAGCAGAGGCACGUUCCACGAUCCCAGAGACGAUUCUGAGUUAUUGUUACCAGAGGCCAUUGAAAAGAAAUUGGUGGAAAGUAACCAGACACUGAUAAGAAAUCCUGUUAGUGGAAGUCUUAUUCCCUUGGAUGAGGCCUUAGAGAUUGGUGUUCUUGACCCAGCAACCUGCUCGCUGAAAAAUCCAAAGACCAACAAAGUCAUUCCUUUAAAACAAGCCCUGGACAAGGGUUUUGUGGUUGAUGGACGUUCACCUCACUUAAGUUUGAAAGAUGUCCAGGAGCAAGGCUUAAUGGAUGAGGCUUCAGGAAUGAUAAUUGAUCCAAAGACCGGGUCCAAGCUGACCAUCAAGGAAGCAAUUAACAUAGGUCUUGUUAAUCCUAACCUGUCCUGCCUUCAAAUUCCAGGACGCAGGCACAAAAUUCCUCUUGAUAAAGCUAUUAAAGAAGGGAUUGUGGAUGGAUCAUCAGGCAAAGUCCAGGAUCAGAAUGGAAAAACCCUCUCUCUCUGGGAUGCUGUUGUCAGUGAUUUGGUGUUCAAUCCUAAUGUCUCUGACUAUAACCAAAAUGAACCAACAGACAAGUCUCUUGGGCAUGGUCACACAUUCAACCAGCGGAUCAAACGGCAGAGAGCAAUAGAUUCAGAAUAUUCCAGCAGUUGUCUUUCAUUAAGCAGUUCAAACAUAUCCAGUGAUUACACUUUACCAGAUGUGUUUACAUCAAGUGACGGUGAUUCAGACUCAACUAUUCCAGCUUUCGAAUUCCCCUACAAAUCCAAACAUGGCCUUAGUCUAACACAUUCGGUUGUCGGUGGUCUUUGUGAUGUGGAUAAAGGGACAAUGAUUGAUCCUAAAUCAGGCAAGUCCAUGACAAUUGCUGAGGCUCUCAAAAGCGGCAUAAUCAAGAAAGAUUCAGUCUGCUUCAGACCCAGACCAGAGGACUCAUUGUGCUUCUAUGAUGAAGCCUUUGCAUCUGGAAUGAUAGAUGAGGAGAGUGGCAGAAUGGUGGACAUAGCCAAUGGGAAGCUUAUGUCUUGGAGAGAAGCCAUGGACUCAGGUUUUAUAGCUAUCCCAGCCAACUACAAAAUAUCCUUAGAUGCUUUGAAGCAAAUCGUACAAGACAGUUAUAUGCAGUCCGAUUCUAAUCCAGAUUCUACAAAGGAUCAACAGCAAGGUGGAGAAAUUCAAUUCAGAAAGCCUGAAUUUUGUUUACAAUCAAAAAGUUUUAAGGAUGCACUUAUAAACUACUUUGACCCACACAAUGGGCAGUUGCGACAAAGGGAUUUGUUCUGCAGUAUACGGAAAGCAGUUGAAGUUGGACAUAUCAUAGCUGAUGAUGUCAUUGUGUUUGACCCGGCCUCUAAAGUAUACUUGUCUUGGAAACAAGCCUUGAAGCAAAACAUCAUCAAUGCUGAUACAGGCGUCAUGCUUAACAAGCUAACUGGGAAAGUGUGGACAUUGGCUGAAGCCCUGGAGAGUAAUCUGAUCAUAGAUCUGGCGACGGAAGGCAUAAAUCCAGCUGACCUCAUUAUACGGAAUGCUCUGAGUGAUGAUAUGCGCUUCACAGAUCCAAGAUCUGGCCAGACACUUACUCUGACAGAGGCCCUGGAAAAAGGAAUAUGUGAUGGUAACAAGUGUGAUAUAUACAUCCCAGAACUAGAUACAAUUCUGCCAAUGAAGGAUGCAAUAGACAAGGGCUAUAUAGAUGGUGUUCACGGUUUUGUCACAUUAAGGGAUCUUCGACUUCCUCUGAGAGAAGCUUUGUGUGAUGGAGUUUUGUGUCAGACUGAUGUGGAACUGAGUAAAAUUGGAAAACCUUUGACAUUUUGUUGCUCAGUGGACUUGGGAUAUUAUGACAGUGAAUCAAUUGCGAUGGUGGAUCCGGGAUCGGGGAAAAAGACACCACUGUCUGCAGCUUGGAGGCAAAACACUGUGGAUACCUCACAUACUUACAUCAAGGACUUUAACUCCAACAAAUUUGUUCCCUUUGGUCAAGCUGUGAAGUCUGGAAUCCUAAAUGUUGAGUUAGGUUGCGUGUCCCAGUCGCAGCAAAAUAAGAUUUCUCUGGGUUCGGCACUAAAGGAAGGCCUCAUUGUAUCUCUCACAUUUCCCAUGCCACUAUUUGAGGCUGUUGUUACAGGGAUCUAUCAGGAAGAUGUCAACAGUUUUAGUGACCCACGAUCACGGGAGAAUCAGACUCUUGGAGAGGCAAUGGACAAGCGUCUGUUAGAUGGGGAUGCUGUUUGUUUGAGAAGUCCAACCGGAAGGUCAAGCCCUAGGCUCUCAAGGAGAUUAACCCUAAGGGAGGCUGUGGAUAGCGGACUCGUGGAUCCCGACAACAACACUGUCAAACAUCCAUCAAAGGACAAAAAUGUUGGUUUGGCUGAGGCCGUGAGCUCAGGAAUUGUUAUGAAUUGGGCGUGUAGAGCUGUUAGUAAACCCACAGACAACUUUAGCUGUAUUCUUCAACCCUUGCUUAGUGUUGACAUGCAACCAGCAGCUUCUCUGGGUGACAAGAUGACAUCUAGAAGUGCCGAGUGCCUGGCUGUGCCACAGCAGUCUUCCUGGGAAACCAAAAGACACAGUUUACUGGACGUUUCAGACUCACAGGUUAUUGAUCCAGACACCUGUACACCAAUCACGUUGAAGAGAGCAGCCAGUCUUGGGAUGAUCGAUAUUAAGGCUGGAGAGUUUAAGCAUCCACAGUCAGAUGUAGUCAUGGCUUUGGAUGAAGCAAUAAAACAAGGUUUUGUUAUCUGUCCAACGGGUUCGUCCUUGUACACAGCCCUUAACCAUGGCCUCUAUGAUGAAAGAUCAGCUACAUUCUGGGAUCCUUCACUGAACAAGUAUGUAUCUUUGGAUGAAGCCAUUGCAAGUAACUUCAUCAAUCCCAAGUUCAAUGAAAUCCGCGACUUGACCAAUGACACCAUCAUAACACUACAGGAAGCUCUAAAGAAAGGUGUCAUCAACCCAGGAACUGGAACAUAUAAUGACAUGUUGAAAGGGAAAUGUAUGCCAUUCCGUGUGGCGUUGGCAGGAGGACUGAUCAUAGGCACAGGGUCAAAAGAAAGCUUGAGAGAUAGGAGCUCCAGUCUGCCAAGAGGAUUUGGAUCUGGCGAGGAACUGUCAAGGACAUCAAGCGCUGAGAGUCUGAAUACAUACCGAGAACAGUGGAAGAAACAAGGAUGGAGCAGUGACCAAGGAUCACAGAAUAGUGCUGAAGGUCAAAAUGGCACUGUUUUCAGCCAGAAUAUCAUGAAACAGCAACCGUUUCCAAAAGUGCAGAUAACAAUUACAGAUGAUGAGACAUCUGAAUCCAUCAGCGAUAUGGACUCAUCCAGCUCAACAUUAGGAGCAGAAUCUGAUUCUUCCCGGGAAGGAAUUGUCAUGAAGGACCUAAGCCGACUUGGUAAAACAGAUUCGAGAAAGAGUGACAGUUUACCAAAGAAAGUAGCAUUUAAGGAGGACGUUGAAAGUGUUUGCAGUGAAACUAAUAUUGUUGAUAGUGUCAGGAAUGGAACUACACGGACAAAUGGAAAGGGUGGAGAGAACAGGUUUAGUGAGAGGGUCAGAAGUGGAACACCUGAAGGACUGACAAGUUGUUUGAAAUCAAAAGGGUCUGGAUCGCCAGACAAAUCCUCGGGUGAAUCUCCAGUGAUUGACGAGGAGGCAGGUGACCAUUUCCGGGAGGUGAUCUCAGUGAAGAGAGGACCGUUAACAGUGAUCGAGGACCAGAAAACAGAGGUUCCUGGUGAUAUACCAUGGAAGGUUUUGACUGGGGAACAGUAUGACCAACUUAAUAAGGACCUGCUCGAUCAGCUGGACUGGGUCAAGGGCGUGUCCACGCGUCUGCGCAACGCAGAAGGGCUGAGUGAUGAGCCUGACAUGUUACGUGAACAAGUGAAAGACAUUGAGGGCCUUUGCUCCGAGAUAAAGGACCAUCAGAAACCUAUAGCCUCAUUAACCUAUCAGGUAGAACAACUGUUAGAACAUCAGACAGAGGAGCUGACACCUGAACAGGUGUUAGAACUACAGGACCUGGUCAUGGAUAUUCAGUCACACUAUGACAAGGCUCUGAAGGCAUCGGAUGUGAGGAGGAAGCACACAGCUACAGCAGCCGAGGAACUGAAAAAGUUUGGAGAAGAAGCCGAGAAGUUUGAGGCUUGGCUGAAAUCGGCUGAAUCAGAGCUGAAAAAACAAGCUCGCAAGAGCCAAGACCUAGAUAAUAUCAAAGCUGACUCUCAGAAACACAAAGAGUUCACUCAGGAUGUGAUAGCUCAUCAAGCUGAUGUUCGUUUCCUUAACCUUACUGUACAGAAGUUCACAGACAGUGUCAGGCUCCACAAGUUUGAAAUGGAAGCCUUCCGUAUUGGUCGCGACAAGGCUAAAAGAGCAAGCCGUCUGACGUUAGACGGGACAGAGGGUGAACACAUCAAAGCACACAUGAAAGGCCUUGUUAACAGGUUUGAGCACCUGAAGUCCAGGUGUACAGAACACAGUGACAAGCUGUUUGACAUGGCCGCCCGGCAGAAAGAGUUCACAGAGGGCACAACCAAGUUGCUAUCAUGGUUGAGCAGUGCCGAGGAGCAGCUAGGGGAGGCAACCACAGAACCGAGUACGUCUGACACCAUGGUCCUGAACCAGCAGCUGGAUAGGAUGAAGAGCCUUGGCAUGGAGGCCAUUGCUCAUUCCAGUCACAUCGAAGAGCUUCAGAGGAAGGCCAAGGGAAUACGUGAGGCUCUGCAGGAGAUAGGGGCGGAGCCAGCCCAGUUAGAGGAGAUUGAUAGCAUCAUCGAGGACAUCUCCAAGCGUUAUGAGACGAUCAAUGAGAGCAGCAGUAACAAGGCUCAUGCCUUGCAAGUGGCGCUGGUGAAGACCCAGGAUGUGAAUGCUGCAAUGGACGACCUUGCCACUUGGCUCAAGGACACGGACAUCACUCUGAAUAACGCCCGGCCAAUCAGCUUGCAGAGGGAGUAUCUGCUGGAGCAAGUGCACGAAGCGCGCAUUCUGGAGGCGGACGUGGAAGGUCACAAGCCUGGCAUUGAUUCCAUCAAGCACAAGGCCAUCGAGCUGAUGCAGACUUGCGAACUCGAAAUGGCCAAGUCGGUGGAGUCUCGGUUGAACGAGCUGGACACCACAUUCCAGGCAGUGGAAGGCAAGUGUAAAGACAGGGCGGCCGAUGUGGAUGAUGUGUUUGAGAAGCUGUCCAGCUUCCAGGAAGAUCUUAGGGACUGUAAUGAGUGGUUGGUGUCCCAUAUCGAGACGCUGGAGUCGCAGGAUCUGACUCGGAUGGACAACGACAACUUCCAGCAGAGAGUUACCCAGAUUCAACAGGAUAAGGAAGUCCACAUGGGCGAACUGGAAGAGUUGAAACAGCUCGGAUCCCAGCUCAUACAGGAUAGCCGAACAGCCGAUGUAUCUGCAGUCAAGGAGAGCCUGUCAGAUCUGGAGAGGAAGUGGGCCGAGUUUGAGUCCCGGCUUGGUGACCGUGAAAAAGAGGCUUCGCAGCGAGAACGACAAGGCACCGACUUUGAGGCUGCAAGGGCAGAGGUGCUUGAGUGGUUAACCAGCAAAGAGGGUCAGAUGGACAACCUGGAGCCCGUGGCUGUGGAGGUGGAAAUCAUUGGACAGCAGAUUGAGGAAUUACAGCCUUUACUGAAAGAGUAUGAAGACUACGGCAUGAGGAUAGAUGAAGUGAAUGACCUGGGGAACACUUAUGAUGCUCUCGUUCACGCUGACUUACCUCACAGCCCUAUCAGGAGAAUGGGAUCAAGGACUCGUCGAUGGUCGGGUGCAGCGUCCCCACGGUACAGAACCCCCUCCCCGACUCCCUUCCCGGCUUUUACGGUAGGGUCAGCGGUCAGCCCAAUGUCCAGCGAAUCCAGCGGAGUGUCCAGUAGGAAGAGCUCUGCUGACAACUUACUUCUGGAUGAUAUGACCGAGAUCCAGCAGGAGCUUAUGGAUAUCAAUCAGCGCUACGACAUCCUGGGUGACCGUCUGUUGGAGCGUAAACUGGAGCUACAGUCUAACUUGGACAGCGUCAAGUCCUACCUGCAGGACGUACAGGACAUAUUGGCAUGGCUGGACAUGAAGGAGCAAGGCAGCGACCUCACUGGGCCAGUGCCAACCAAUGAGAAAGAGGCUUGCAAAAAGCUGAAGUCACAUGAGAAAUUCCACAAAGAACUAGUGAGCAAGGAAGGUGUUGUGGAAGACAUCAAGAAAAAGGCAAAUGAGCUCAUCAAGAGGAGGGACAGCGUCCCGGGAAAACAGGGGCUACAACAACAACUCUCUGACCUCAAUGAGAAAUGGACAGGACUGCGAGAGGCCUCGGAGCAGAGACGAAAGUCUCUGGGUGACAUGGUCAGCGAUCUGCAGGACUUCCAUGACAGUCAGCAACAACUGACCACCUGGCUGGCCCAGAAAGACAAGAUGUUGACAGUGCUAGGACCACUGGCCACAGACAAGGCUAUGAUCAAUAACCAGCAGGAACAAGUCAAGGUCCUGCAAGAGGAAUUGAAUAGCCUUGAACCACUUUACGAACAGUUCUUACAGGCUGGUCACUCUAUACUGGAUAAGUGUGACAGCCACAGUAAGGAUGGGGUGACGGUCAAUGAUCAGAUGGAGGUGGUCAGCAGGAACUGGGAGAAGCUGCAGACUAAACUUCAGGAAAGGCAGGACGGGCUGUCCGUCCUGGAGGGACUCAGUGAUCAGUAUAACUCCACCCUCCAGGAGUUUGGCGAUUGGCUGUCGGACUUCACUGACAGGCUGGACAACCAAUCACCACCCAGCUCAAACCCGGAAGUCUUGGCAGACCAAGUAGACAACAUUGCAAAGAUGAAGAAAGAAGCACAUAGCAAUGAACAUCAGCUGAGACGAGCCAAAGACCUUUGCAAACACCUGUGUGAUAAUACCAAAGAUGCCUCCACCAAGUUUGAACUGAAGAAUAAACUGACCAAUCUGGAGAAGCCUUACCUGGACACCCUGAAGAAAAUAGCUGAGCGUGAAGCUGAACUGGACAAUGCCUCACGGGCAGGGCAGAAGUUUGCUGCGACCUGUCAGGAGUUGAUGACUUGGAUUACCUCUGCCAGGGAGAAGAUGGAGAGCGAGGAGCCAGUGUCUGGCAAACAAGACGUCCUCAAGCAGCAGAUGUUGAGUCAACAGCUAAUACAACAGGACCUCAGUGUACGUGAGCCAGACAUUAAGGAAGUGUUAAACAUGGCCCAGAGACUACGCUCUGCCCCAGGGGGUGGGCUGGAUGACCCAGACUCCAACAGUCAGCUGGAGACCAUCCAGGCCGAGUUUGAGGGGCUUAAGCAGGCAGCGUCUCAACGUCAGGAGAAGCUGGCAGCGACGGCCAAACAUGCCCAGCAGUUCUAUGAGAAUGUGGACAAAAUGGAAAUGUGGUUGAGGAUGAAUGAGGAAAAACUGGAUUACAUGGGCACACCUGUCCUCACUAAAGAGGGCAUCGCUAAGCAGCUCAAGGAAGCUCAGUUAUUACAGAGUGAGAUCCUGAAGAAGACCCAUGACCAUGAGAAUCUGAACCGAGAAGCCGAUGCACUGCUAGAGACCAUAUACACUGGUAAAGAGGAGGUGGAGAGUAAGCUGGCCAAUGUCAAUGCCAGGUGGGACGGACUAUACUCAGGUGUGGCAGGGCGUGUGGAGACCCUGGAGGACAUGUCCCAGAGACUGGCUGAAUUCCAGGACAGCCUAGGUGACGUGAACUCUGCGCUACAGAGGCUAGAGGACAGACUUGACUCCCAUCAGCACCUGGGUGCUGCAGCCAGGGAUCCCAAAUAUACAGACAUGAUCAAGGGUCUGGAGGAGGAAGUGAUCUCAAUAGAGCCGCAGAUAGACUACGUUGAGGCUCUUGCUGAUGGGUUUGGCCAUAUGGAUGCAAACAGCAUCGACACAACGGCCGUACAAGAUCAGUUAGAAAUGGCCCGCGCCAGGCAAAGGCACCUGAAGCAAGAGUUAUCUGACCUGUCUUCUGGCAUGGAGGUUGGGUCUCAGCUGGCCGCUCAGUUCCAGGACUCCAUGACAACACUGUCACGAGAACUUGCUGACCUUGACAGCGACCUUGCUAGGAAAGAUCCAAUUGGUCGAGAUGUGGACACUCUGGAAGCUCAGCUUGAGGAUAUGAAGUUUUUCAUGCCCCAUCUGAAGGACAAGACAGAGGCUCUGCGUGACCUUGAGAGUCAGGCUGAGGAGCUGAUUGGAGCAGGGUUCAGCUCUAACCCCCAGACAGUCCGCACUCAGGUGGAGAACUUGAAACAGCAGUUAGAGAGUAUAUCAGAGAGAGCCAAUGAGAGGGUGGUGGAGCUUGAGAGUACCAUGGACCAGAUCCAGGACCUCAAUGAGGGACUGAGACAGGCGGUGAAGGGGCUGGACUCUUCUUUGGCCCACGUGGACUACCUGUCCCCCGUGGGAGCAGACGUCAAGACAAUCAAACAUCAACAGGAAGAUCUUAAGGAAUUCAUCAAGAAGACAGUGGAACCUCUGCAGAAGCAGGUGGAGAGUGGCAUGGAAAUGGGCAGACAACUCCUGCAGACAGCCGUACCCGGCACUUCGACCAAUGCCCUGGAGUCUGAUCUUGAGAUCACAGCUGACAAAAUGACCGACCUCAACAAGAAGGUGGCUGAUCGUGAGAGGAAGUUGGAUUCAGCUUUGUUGCAAUCUGGCAAAUUUAACGAGGCUUUGGCAUCGCUCAUUGAUUGGCUGGCUGAGACCGAGGAAAUGGUGGCACAUCAGAAAUCCCCAUCCCCAGAGUACAAAGUGGUCAAAGCACAGUUACAGGAACAAAAGUUCCUGCAGAAAAUGUUGGAAGACCGCUCUCCAAGUGUGCGCUCUUUGCAAGAGUCCGGAAAGCAGCUUUUAAAAUCUCUCGAUCCCAAAGAUAAGAAGAAUCACGAAAAACAACUCACAAAUUUCAUGCAGCGCUGGAACACACUCAGUGACAAUUCCCAGAAGAGGAAGGUGGUGUUAGAGAAUGUUACUGGCAUCGCUAAGGAAUUCCAGGAGAGACAAGAACCGCUUCUGGAAUGGCUGGAAGGGGCAGAGAAGAAGCUGGCAUCUCUGGCUAACACCAUUCCUACUAACAAUGAUGAUCUGAUCAAGAGGAGAGACUCGCUGAAGGACAUAAUGGUGGGCCUAAGGAAACAGGAAAAGGUUUUAGAGGAGGUGAAUGGCAAAGGCCAGCAACUGCUCAAGUUCUGCUCAGAUGAGGAUGCCACGGCUCUGAGGAACAAAUUGGAGCUGAUGAACAAACGCUACACGGGACUGAAGAACAAAGUGACACAGCAGUUGGAUCAGACAGAACAAGCUUUGCCAUUGGCUCAGAGAUUCAACGAGGCUCAUGGGAAAUUCCUGGAGUGGCUGGAUGUGGUGGAACCAGAACUCCGAGGGAAGGAAACUGCAGGGCUGGAUGCCGAGGAAGCUGUUGAUAAACUGAUAGGUCAGAUGGAGGACAUCAAGCCCUGGCUGGACAUCGUCAACAAGCAGGGGAUGAAGUUAGCAGACUUGUUGCCAGGCGACGCAGGUCUUCGUGUGGAGGACAACAUGGAGAAGGAUAACAAAAGGUUCAAGGCCGUCUGUGAGGCAGUGCAGAAGCGCGCCGAGAAACUGCAGCUGACCAGGUCCAAGUCUUUGGAGGUAUUGGGAGAGCUUGACGAUUUAUUGGAAUGGUUUGCUGAUGCGGAGAAUCAGCUUAUUGUGGCUGAUCCUAUCAGUUCUAAUCCAAGCAAGUUACAGCAACAACUUGCUCAACAAAAGGAAUUUAACGAAGACGUAAGCAGUCAGAAGGGUAAAGUAAGGGAAGUCUUAUCAGCAGGGAAGAAACUCCUGCGGGAGCAUAAAGUUGACGAAGAGCCAGCCAUCCGCGACAAGAUGGAGGCAUUGAAACAGGACGCAGACUGUGUCGCCAGGGAGAGUGCUGAGAGACUGAGUCGUUUGCAACAGGCUGUCCCAUUGGCAGCUCACUUCCACGACACACACAGCGAUCUUCAAACCUGGUUCGAUGAGGUGGAGCCAUUGCUAGUUGAGCUAGAGGUCAUGGCCAUUAAUGCUGAUCAUGUGAAACAACAGCAGGAGAAAGCAAAGGUGAUUAAACAAGAUGUACUGGACCACAAGCCUAUGGUGGACAAACUGAACAAGACAGGGACAGCUCUGACCAAACUGUGUGGUCAGGCAGAUGCUGACAAGGUUCAGAACAUGCUGACAGAGGACAACAAGAGAGUGGAUCACAUCCGAGACUCCAUUAGAGAGAGGUCUAACUCCAUUGAUGAUGCUCUGCAACAGUCUGCCGAGUUUUCUGACAAGCUGGAGGACAUGUUGGAGACGUUGACCUCUACUCAAGACCAGGUGAAGCAUGCUGAGCCCAUCUCUGCCCAUCCUGACAAGCUGAGGGAACAGCUGGCUGAGAACAAGGCUGUGAUGGAGGACCUAGACAUGAAGUUCAGUGCACUAGAGUCUGUCAAGUCCACGGCAGAAGAUCUGAUGAAACAGGCCGGGGAGAACAUCAAUGACGAGUCUGUACAGGAUGUACAGCAGAAGAUCAAUGAACUGGUUGACCUUUACGAUGACAUCAAGACAACGAGUCAGGAUCGAAACCAGGCCCUGGAAGACACUCUGGAAGUGUCUGACCGCUUCUGGGAUGACCUCAAUAACCUGAUGGGCACGCUCAAAGAGCUACAAGACACUCUGUCCAAUCAGGAUCCAGUCGCUCUGGAGCCUACAGUUAUCCGAGAACAACAAGAAGUGCUGGAGGCUCUGAAGGAUGAUAUUGACGCAUCUCAGUCUGACCUUGAAGAUGUCCAGGCUGGUGGUCAGCAGCUAAUGAAUCUGUGCGGAGAGCCCGAUCGUCCUGAGGUCCAGAAGACAAUAGACGAUGCAGACUUGAGUAACCAGGCUGUUAAUGAUCAGUUUGUUAAGAGAUCCAAGACAUUGGAGGAGGCUCUGGGCAAGGCCAUGACAUUCCAGGAUGAACUCAUGAAAAUUCUUGUGUGGAUGGAGGAUAAGGAAGAUAGGUUGGUUUCUCUGGGCCCAGUGGGUUCUGACUUUGAGACCAUCAAAACCCAGCUGGAUGACCUCAAGGAGCUGAAGUCAGAGGUUGACCCCAAACAGGUGGAUAUCCAGUAUCUGAAUCAGCAGGCUACAGAGCUGGCUAAAGACAGUACUGGGGAGCAGGCGGCUGUGGUCACUGAGCCCCUGGCAGAGGUUAACAAACGGUGGGAUGAACUCGUGGAGAAUCUUGCUGACAGGAAGCACCUGUUGCAGAGCGCCAUGUUGAACAUGGGUCAGUUUGAACACACCCUGAAUGAGCUACUGUCCUGGUUAGGCCACACAGAACAGACCCUGAAUGAUCUACCUCCUGUAAAGGGAGACGUGCGAACAAUUGACAUCGAACUCGCCAAACACAAGAUUCUGCAAAAUGACAUCCAAGCUCAUCGGCCCAGUAUCGACUCUGUCAACGAGGCCGGUCAGAGGGUGUUGUCAGUCGGUGGGCAAAAUGCUGCCGUUACCAAGGGCAAGCUAGAUGAGAUGAAUCAACGGUGGGACAGGAUUCUAGCCAAGAGUCAAGGACGGCAGGCCAAUCUUGAGGACGCACUCUUUGAGGCCCAAGCAUUCCACGGAGAAUUACAGGACAUGUUGUUGAGACUGAGUGAGAUGGAAGGUCAGCUGAUCACCACCAAACCUGUGGGAGGUCUGCCGGACACAGCCAGAGAACAGCUGGAGAGAUUCAUGGAUAUUUAUCAUGAGCUGGAAAACUUAGAACCAGAAGUGAACGUUUUACUCACCAGUGGGAGUGAACUGGCGUCUAAAAGCCAGGAACCUGCAGCAGGCACUCUGCGACAGAGCGUGCAGAGCCUGCAGAGCAAGUGGGACAACAUCACAGCCAGAGCCAAUGACAGGAAGACCAAACUGGAAGAUGCGUUGACUCAAGCCAAGAAUUUCCACACAGACCUGAACAAGUUUGUGGCCUGGCUUACUGAUACAGAGAAAACACUGAACAACCUUGACCCUGUCAGCAGGGUCAUUGACAAGGUCACAGCACAGAUUGAGGACCACAAGGUUUUACAGAAGGACAUAGCCAAGCACCGUGACAUGAUGUUAGCCCUGGACAAAACGGGCACACACCUCAAGUAUUUCAGCCAAAAACAGGACAUCAUUCUCAUCAAGAACUUGCUGUCCAGUGUCCAGCACAGGUGGGACAAGAUUGUGUCCCGGGGAGCGGAGAGAACGAGGCACCUGGAAAGAGGGUACAAGGAGGCCAAACAGUUCCAUGAACACUGGAAGGAGUUGCUGGGUUGGUUGAUUGAGGCUGAGAAGGCAAUAGAUGCAGACCAGACCAUCAGCAACGAUCCUCUCAAGAUCAAACAGCAGAUCAACAAACAUAAGGAGUUCCAGAGAGCCCUAGGUGCCAAACAGCCGGCAUAUGACAGUGUGAACCGAUCUGGUCGCUCCCUUAAGGAGAGGAGCCCACGACCCGAUGUCCCCAUACUGCAGCAGAUGAUGGCUGACCUUAAGAACAAGUGGAACACUCUGUGUGGCAAGUCUGUAGACAGACAACGGAAACUAGAAGAGGCCUUACUCUUCUCCGGCCAGUUCACUGAUGCUCUACAGGCGCUCCUUGAUUGGCUAGCAAAAGCAGAGCCAACAGUGGCAGAGGACCAACCAGUGCACGGAGACUUAGACACUGUUAACGGACUGAUAGAUGAUCAUAAGAAAUUCCAAGAAGAGCUGAAGGCACGUACAAAAACAAUUGCAUUCCUGAGGAAGUCUGCUAAAGAGCUGCCGGAGAAAACCGACGAGGACACGUCCUUACAGCAGGCUCAGAUGAUUGAGCUGUCCACGUCCUGGGACCGAGUGUGUCGUCUUAGUGACAACAAACAGGAGCGCCUUAACCAGGCCCACAGACUGUCAGAAGAUUUUGACAGUAAGUCCCGGCAAAUGAUGCACUGGCUGGCUGAAGCUGAGCAGAAGUUACGAUACAAUGCACCAAUCGCAGACGAGGAACCACUGGUACUAAAACAGAUCGAGGAACACAAGAAGUUUGAAGAAGAGUUAAUGAAGAAGGAGAUCCAGUUACGAGAGGCCUUAACCUUGGGACAGGAGAUUUUGCGUCAGUGUCACCCCGACGCGCUGACAGCUGUCAAACACUGGCUGACUGUCCUCCGCUCCAGAUGGGAGGAGGUUGCCACCAUGUCGACCCAGCGUGGUCACCGACUAACAGACUCCCUGCAAAUGUUACGUAACAGUAACCGAUUACUGGAGGAGCUGAUGGCCUGGCUGAACGAGGCAGAGAACACCCUGGUUACUCGCGACCAGCAGUCCAUCCCCCAGGACAAAGAUAUCAUCAUGGAGCUUAUCAAAGAACACCAGGGCUUCCAAAAUGAAAUGUCGUCACGACAACCAGAUGUGGAGAGGUUGACGAAGAUGGACAGACACCGUCGCUCUCCUAUAGACAUGUCACAUGACCGACCAAUGUCCCCGAGUGUGCGAACAUCGCAUUCUCCACGUCCCCCAUUCACGACAUCAGGGAUGUCCCCACGAUCACACAUACCCAUUUUGCAGAAGGGCAAGAAGACACCUACCAAACCCUCACCGUUCAAAUUUGAUACGGGCAGAAGAACCCCAGAACCUGGGAGAAGAACCCCUGAUUCUGGUCGGCGCACCCCGGAACCCCAGUUCAAGAACCCUCGGCUGGCGGGUCUGGUGAACAAGUGGCAGCAUGUCUGGCUGAUUUCCAUGGAGAGACAGAGGAAGCUACAGGAUGCCCUGGAUUACCUUAAUGAGGUGGAGAGGAUGAAGAACUUUAACUUUGAUGACUGGCGUAAGAAAUACAUGCAGUGGAUGCAUCACAACAAAUCCCGAAUCAUGGACUUCUUCCGUCGACAGGAUCGCGAUCGUGAUGGCAAGGUCACACGCAAAGAGUUCGUGGAGGGAAUUCUAGCAUCUGGGUUCCCCACCACUCGCCUGGAGAUGGAGGCUGUGGCCAACAUCUUUGACAGAGACGGAGAUGGUUUUAUUGACUACAAAGAAUUUGUUUCUGCUCUCAGGCCAGAUAGAGAGCCAUUGAAACCAGAAACAGAUGCUGACAAAAUCCAAGACGAGGUGAAGCGACAAGUGAACAAAUGUACCUGUGUUAGACAGUUUAAGAUUCAUAAAAUAGGAGAAGGAAAGUAUCGAUUUGGAGACUCUCAGAAGCUGCGUCUGGUGCGCAUUCUCCGCAGCACUGUGAUGGUGCGUGUUGGCGGAGGAUGGUGCGCUCUGGAUGAGUUCCUGGUGAAAAAUGAUCCCUGCAGAGACUUUAACAUGAGUCUAGCCAGACAUGGUCUAGAUCAGUUUUACUGUCCCAAAGGAAGAACCAACAUGGAGCUACGAGAGAAGUUUAUUUUGGCUGAGGGCGUCAGUCAGUCUAUGGCAGGUUUUGUGUCCAAGAGUCCCGCAGGAAGUUCUGGUAGCUCGGCCAGUGGGUUUUCAGGCACGGCCUCAUGGAGCAGUCGAACAGGAAGUACUACUAGCGGACCAAUCACAAAGAUUCGUGAGAAGAGCCAGCACACAUCGCCAUGGCGACAACGGGUGAAGACGAGCCCAGAUGGGGAGGUCAGACAGAUCAUGUCACGAGUGCAACAAGAUGGCAGCCGGCUGACGAAGACAAAAAUCACCAGAGAUAUGAGAAGUCCAGCAAGCAGAAGUUCUAGUCGAGCUAGUACAAGCAGCCGUAAUGGCAGUCGACCUCCCAGUCGAACAGGAAGUGAUGUAUCCGAACCCAAUGACCCAGAAGUGUUCACGACGAUGAAGGCGGAGACAAAGAACAUUGGGGGUCGGAAUCAGACAACAGUUACCUACCAGACGCAUGUGGCUCAGACAAGAACAGUUACCAUGCCAACCGCUACAACAACAACACGAACGCCGACGGGAGCCAGAACAAAAAUACCAAAACUGACGCCCAAAAGGAAAUGAUCACCUGAUUCUAAGAAUGAUAAAUAGGAAAAGAUAGCAAAUGAUUCUAGUCUGAACCUGAAAGACAAGUUUUCUUGUCAAGUGAUCAUUUUUAUCAGUUUAAUAAACUUUUUAUUACUUUUGAUUGAAUAUCCUUUUUUAAAAACAAGCUUUGUCAAAAUGCCAUGUUGGUUUUUUUCCUUUGACAUUUCACGGAUUACGGAAGUUUUUGAUUACACAUGGAACUUGAGCUACUCAUCACUGACAUGAUCAGUUAACUCAUGUUUCAAGGGAGAACAUCCUUGGAUCCAAGUGAUAUUUGAGACGCCUCGACGAGGAACACAGGGCUGAGUUCUUGAAACUCUGCCAUACCCAGCGAAAACAACUUACCUGUGCGUAUCUGUUACACCAGAAAUCAGAAAAUGACUUUGUAUUUACCAAAACUAUCACAUGUGAUUGAUGUACACAUAUUACCUCUGCAGCAAAGAUCCUUCUUGUUGUGGUGUGUGCAUGUACUCUAAAUAAAAAACAUCAAGAGACCACCCGAUCACCGAUCAGAGGUAUUAGUGUAUAGUCAGUACAUAUAUUGCUUACUUGACAAUUGAGAACAUUACAGUUAUUUAGAACGUCACAAAAGGAAUGUGAAAAACAGAAAUUUGACAAGAACUAUACCUUAGAUGUUUUGGGGAAUUGUGGCUGUAACAUUUUCCCCCUGUAGUGCACGAUGAUGGGAUUAAGACCUGUAAUAAAUGUGCAGGAUAAAAGAGUAUUUUUGUAUAUGGGGUAAUACAAAUAAAAAGUGAAUGUUGAAAUUAAAGUAUAUCCCAGUCCAUAUCCCAGAGGUGAAGGUCAAAUGUUUUGCUCCUACAGAUACUGUUAGAUAUAAUUACUCUAUUCUUCUUGUGUGCGCGCCUGCUGUGUCUUUUUUAUUAUUUUUUUUUUUUGACUUUCACUUUGUGUAAAAAGUACCAAAUACUAUAUUUGGGAUUUGAGUCGGAAUGAGAGAGAAAGAGCGUGUGCUUGGUGAAGUAAGGGGUAAUUGUGUUGAAGGCUUUGACGUGCUUUUAUGCUG